AUGCAAUCGUUCGGCGAUUUGGAAGUAUUGGACCAACUAGAUGAUGCUGACUUUUUAAACUCAAGUACCAGGAUUCGUCGCUUCAAAGGGUCGAAAAAGAAUGCUCAUACUUUCCCUCGUAGUAAGGGCACUCGUAUUUCACAAUGGCCUCGCAUGAGGUUUGUUCGUGCAGUGGAUAUCUUUAAUCCUACUGAGGAAGUAAAUAGAAUGAUUGAGGAGGAAAAAAGCAAACGAAACGCUACUUCUGACUUUAGUGGGCUUGAGUACAAGAGUAAGGCUUCUGAAGAGGAGCAUCCUUACGUACAAAAAACUCCUGGCGUUCAUCAAGACGUUGUUUUGUUCAAGCCUAUACGCAAUAACAUUAUCUCACGUGAAGACAAGGAACCUUCACAUGCUCAAAAGAAUAUUCAUGAAGAUGCUACUGUGUACAAGCCCGUAACUGUAACUGAAAAACAAUCGGAAGAGAAGCAUACCCCUCGUAUAGCUUUGGACUCUCCUCGGUCCCACAAACCACAUAAAGCUAAAGGUUUACAGAAAGAGAACAUGGAUGGAAAAAACAAAAAAGCACAUAAAAAUUCCGAUAAACGUUUUGGUAGAGAAAAACCGUAUAUUCUUUCAGAUACUGAGGACAAUCUACCAGACGAGGACAGUACUGAUACAGAAUUAAAAUUCAGCAUGAAUAAGUUUGCCGACUUGUCUAUGCUUUCUGAAACUGAUGAAGAUGAUGAAUCCAUGGAAGGAGAUGAAGACAUAGAGAGUACAAAUGCGGAAUCUACAGAUGAAAAUGGAUCAUCCUCUCACGAGAAUUCGGAUUUGCUUAAUGACCAGCAUGACCAGGAUUAUGAAUACGAUGAUGAAGAACUAGCAAACGUCUUGGCUGAAACCGAAAACUUAGAAGAUGAAGAAGUAAAUGCCUUGCUUGCUAGUGUCUUCAAUGACAGUGACGAUUCAGAAAUCGAAGCUUACCUAAGUGUUGGAGACACUGGCGCAAAUGAUUUUACACUUUAUGAUUACGAUAGCGAAGAGGAGCCAUACCAGAAAGCACCUCCGAAAGCAUUAUUAAAACCUUCCAAAAAAGACAACAAGAAAAAAGAAAAAUCUAAGAAAGUAUCUAAAAAAGAAAGGAAAGCCCAAGGGAAACUUGAAAGAAAAGCUGGAAAGUCAAUAACAAAUCGACUCGCUAGUGCUUAUGAUGUCGAUGAGGAUAUUGCUCAGGAGUUGGAAAUGUACUCUGAUCUUCAAGAACAAUGGAUAAAAGAUCAUCAAAAGAAAGCGAAGAAGCGUAAUGAACGUGAAGAAAAGCGUGCACAGGGGCUUUUAGGGAAAAAAUCUAGUAAGAAACUGGCUAAAAAAGCAGCAGCUUCUGACAAAGGUUCGGACCCUGAUAGUCCUACUCUAUCGAAAGCGGACCACGAUUUUAUCAUGCAUGCAUACAAGCGGAUGCAACAGUUAUGUCUUUCAGGAGUGGAUGAGGUUUCUCUUCCUGCAUGCCGGAAAUAUGUGCGCCGUUUAGUUCAUGAAAUAGCUAACCGUCUGAAUCUCCGUUCUCAAAGCUAUGGUUCUGGCAAGAAACGGUACACGGUUCUUUCGAAGACGCCCCGAUUUAAUUCCUCAGAUAUUAAUAGCACAUCGUUAACGAGGAUUCUACAUCGUGUGCAACUGUCAGUUGAAAAGCGAUCAGGAAUUUCCGGUAAACCAGGUAGAAAGCCCAACAUUAUGCUUGCUUCGAAGCGUACAGUUACCAGUGCUACAAAACUAUACGAAGGCCAAGUGGUUGGUGGAGAUGCUCCUGAAAUCACUCGUGCUAAUCCAGGUCGUCGUAUGUUAGAGCGACUGGGCUGGUAUGCUGGUAAAGGAUUAGGACAUCCAGAAAAUGAAGGCUCUCAUGAAAGUUUGCGUGCUAUCGUGAAGACCAGUCGCAGUGGUCUAGGUUAA